ACGUCGAACGAUAUUGGCUGGAAAUCAUCGCGUGACGUCAUUGACGUCAACGUGAAAGAGACAAAGCGAGAACGAAGCAGAACGGGAGUUCUUAAAGAGUGGAGGAAAGGAUUCGCGGCACGGCGCGGCGCGGCGGCACAAGUAAAUAAUCGCGGAUCAGCUGAUGAGGGACAACACAACAAUACAAGUUAGUCGGAGGACGAGGAGGAGGGUCCGUCGUUUUCUCACUACUGUUGCUACUGCUGCUUGCUGCUAUUGUUGCUGCUACUGCUGUCACCGUCAUCGCUGUCGCUGCUGCUGGUUAUGGCGACGAGUAGUUCCGACGGCUCCUGCACCGCGCCCGCGGAUUUCCAGCUCUCGUCCGAGCUGGAGGACGCGUCCAGUCGUCUGAGCAUGAAUCUGUUCAAGUGCCCAUUGUGCCAAAACAGUCGUCGGAUUUUUUACUGCCGCCAGUGCAUCCAGAAUGGGGAUUUUAUACAUUCGAACACCUAUUCCGAACGGUUCGCGGAUAAACAAGUGCGACUGGUACGGCUGAAGGCUGCUAGAGCCCAGCUAGAAGAGAAGUGUAUGAAGGCUCUGGAGAGGCACAAGCAGAGAGAUAAACUGAUUUGUGAUAUAAAUACAUGUAAAGAAAGAGUGAGACUACUGCAGUCUCUAGUAAAUGAAACAAGACAAAGUAUCAAUAGAGGUAAUCAACGUCUGAAUGUUUUGAAAGAUGUCAACUCUCAGUUGACUCUUCGAGUGCCACGGCACGAGGAUAGAAUAGAGAAAUUACAUCGAUAUGUUAAUGGCUUGAAAGUUAAGCAGGAGAAACAGAGAGAAGUUGUGGAUAGAAAAAGGGAGCAACUAAAGAAAGUUAUUAGAACUGCUACCAAGCAGUUAAUUCAGUAUAUUUUUCCUUUAUCUAAGGUCCAACCAAAUAGAAGUUUGUGCAGCAGCGAGGACAGCGAUAGUGCCACCUCGGAUAUUCUUACUAGCGCAUUAGCGGAUGCAUCAGGUACGUCAUAUGUACGGGGUAGAUGGAUUAACGAGAAAGAAAGUUCUUUGGAAAUUCAUCAUUCUAUUGUUGAACCAACGUUACCAGCGACAGGAGACUACAGCGCUUAUUCUCUUUGGAUUGCGGCAAAUAAAGAUGGAGUGCCAGGUGCGAAUAAGGAAAACGCAAUGCACAAUCCAGCGUAUAAUAUUAGUGCUGCUUUGACAUACGCUACGCAACUGGUUAAUGUUCUUGCCUAUUAUGUUAAUAUAAAAUUACCAUAUAAACUUACUUGUGGAGAAUUUUGCGGGAAUGAAUUGUCGGACCAAAAAUUUGCUAGGAAAGUGGCAAGACUAAAUAGUAACGUGUUACAUUUGUGUCUUACACAAAAUACCAAAAUAGAAGUUUUAAAUCCUAUGCAUACAUUGCAAAACCUAAUGCAUUUGCUCAAUACUGAAAUUAGUGAUCUCGGAAGAAUUGGACCAAUGGAAGUUGAUCCGUCUGUAAUAGCACAACUUCACAAUCAGUUAGUUCCCGAUUUGGAAAAUAGUGAUGAUUCAGCUUCGGACGAAGAAGAUUUGUGUUGGGGAUGGGAAGCUGUAAGUUAUGUAUGCUUCUAUAAUGAAUUUCAAGCAAUAGGAACACGAUUAUUGAUGGAUACUAGUUCAUGGCAUUAUAUGCAGGUACCAAGUAUUGCUUGUCCUGAAAUGGCAGUACUGUCUUCUGCGAUGAUUAGUCAACAAUCUUCUAGUACGCAAGAACAUCAGAGUGUCGCUGGUGGUUUGGUAACAAGUAUCGCCUCAAUUUGGCGAGGUUGGACUAAUAAUAAGUAACUUUUCUUUUAAUUGGUAAGUUUCUUUCAAUAUAAGCACAUUUACAGUAUAUUUCGAAUUCUUCAAAUCAAAGGGUAGAAACUCUGGAGAGGUCCUUUGAAAUAAAAAUAAUAUUUAUAUAAUAAUAUUUAUAUAUUGCGGAGGAGAGCAUGGAUGUGAUUUUGAAAUCAACAUGUAAAUAUGUGACUUUAUUAACUUACGCGUGACACUCAAAGUAGUUCAAAUACGCUGUGACAGAUUCCGUUAGAUCUGAUAUCUAACUUAGCUCGAAUUUAAAGUAACUAGAGAAGGAUUAAUAAACUGGCUGUUUAAUAAAUUUACAGAUAUUUUAUAUUUCAAUUGCACUAUGAAAAUAGAUUAGAUUGUGAUAUAUUAAGUGAUGUAUACUAAUGGUCUAUAAAACAAAAUGUAUGUUAAUUAGCACAGUAUGCUGAUAUAGAAUUUAUUAUGGUAGAACAUAUAAAUAUGCAAUGACUGCCUUUUUAUGCUCAUCGCCUUUGCUGCGAUUAUGUAUGUAUACAAAUGAGAUAUGCUUCCCUCUUAAAUGUCAUUAAUAUAUUUUAUAUUGCGGAA